UCAUCUUUUCUAAUUCAUCUUUUCUAAAUCAUCUUUUCUAAUUCAUCUUCUCCGAACCCUCCGUGUUCCCCCUGUUAGAUGUUGAACCACAGUUCCACUCGAAGCAGCAGAUGAAACGUGUCUGUUGUCGCUGCUCCUGAUUGGUUGGUGUUUCCGUGCCCGUCAGUGAAGCGUCGACCUUUGUGCCGGUGACCUGACGUGGCCUCGGCGGCGGACGCUCGUCUGCUCCGCCUCCUUCUUAUCUGCCGCCGCACACGCGAUGCAAUCAGCAGCAUGAGGCUGCGUGUGCUGUGAGCUCCUCCCCCCCAACACGCUCAGCUCACUUCUUUAUGAACAACACUCCAUCUACAUUUCUUGUCAUUUAAAGUUUGAUUAAUAUGAUUGGACCGACUGAGCUCUUUCUCUUUGUUUGUCUCCACGUCCUCAGUGUUUGACGGUUCUUUCUUUUCCUUUGAAUCCAGAGAUGUUUCUCCGUCUGCUCUGCUCCGGUCGCAGCGUCAUCAGGCGAACGAUUCGGGCCGUUUGUUUGCUCAGUGAAAGGAUCGACCUGCCGCCUUCUUCCCUUUCUUCUUUGUUCACUCCGGCUCCUGUUCCCCAGAGGGCAUCAUGGGGUAAGAGAGGAGAGGCCCAUCCACACUGAGGAGGAGGAACAGGUGCUGACGGGUGCAGGACGUCGUCAUGGCGAUGCAGCGGAUGCGGCUGAAGCUGGGGGUGACGGUGGUGAUGGUCAACCUCUUCAUCUUCAUCCUCAUCUUCCGGCACAGCGGUCAAGACAAGAACGGGCAUCACAAGGUCAGAAUCCCGUCGGCGCCCUUCUGGAGCAAACUGACUCCCCCGCUGGCGUACUGGAACCGCCAGCAGCAGGUUGUGGACAUCCAGAACAACCCCGUGUUGGCAGCCAACUACAGCGCCACAGACCUGCGGCUCACUGAGGACAGUCUGACCUCGGACCCCUGCACGCAGAACAUGGGGGUUACCACUCAGGUGAAGGACUACAACUCGCUACCUGAGCGCUUCAAGGAUUUUCUGCAUUUCAUGCACUGCCGUUCGUACCCGAUCGUGUUGGACCAGCCUGAUAUCUGUGAGGAGCCGCCCUUCCUGCUCCUCGCCAUCAAAUCCCAGGUAUCGCACUUCGACCGGCGCCAGGCCAUCCGGCAGUCCUGGGGACGGGCGGGCGUUAUAGGCAAUCAGACGGUGGUCACCGUCUUCCUUCUCGGCAACGCCACUGCCUGGGACCACCACCCAGAUCUGUCCUUCAGUCUGCGUGACGAGAGCCUCCGCCACCAGGACAUCAUCCAGUGGGACUUCCGGGAUUCGUUCUUCAACUUGACCGUCAAAGAAGUUCUGUUCCUGGAGUGGAUCCAGACGCGUUGCCCCGGUGCUCGCUUCAUAUUCAAAGGCGACGACGACGUCUUCGUCAACACCUACCGCAUCCUGGACUUCCUCAAGGGGCUCACGGAGCCCAAAGCCAGGGACCUGUUCGUGGGGGACGUGAUCACCGAGGCGGGGCCGCACCGGGACAAGAAGGUCAAAUACUUCAUCCCCGAGAGCUUGUACACAGGGAAGUACCCUCCGUACGCAGGAGGCGGCGGCUACUUUUACUCUGGCGAGGUGGCCGCUCGUCUGCACAGCGUGUCGCGUCGUGUUCUGCUCUUCCCGAUCGACGACGUCUACACGGGCAUGUGUCUUAAAAAGCUGGGACUGGGCCCCGAGAGGCACAAAGGCUUCAGGACAUUUGACAUUGAGGCGAAGUACAGGUCGAACCCCUGCGCCUACAACAGUCUCAUCCUGGUUCACCCCAGGACGCCGCAGCAGAUCAUCCAGAUCUGGGCCUGGCUCAACAGCCCCGACCUCAACUGCCAGUGACGAGGUCGCGACGCACCGGAAGACAUUCUUUGCUUGUUACCAAAAGGCCAAAGUGAGAUAUAAAUAUAUAAUAUAUAUGUGUGUGUGUGUGUAUAUAUAUAUAUAUAUAUAUAUAUAUAUACAUAUAUAUUAUCUUGAACCAGGUCAUGGCUGAAGAGUUGGCAGCUUUAAGUUAAGAUAUUAUUCCACCGGUCCCUGGUGCAGUCGAUGGAUAUGAUAUCUCUGGAGAUGAGAACAGACGGACUGACCACCAUAGUAUUGUGACGUGAUGUCACACUUCCCUGGAAAAAGCUAAUCCUGCUUUACUGUGUCAAAACGAGCUUCACCCCAAAGUGGCCGUGUCUGUUGUUGCGUGCACAUAUUUAUAUUUCACAACUAUAUUUAUAUGGCCUUUAAAAUGCUUUAACACUGUGGGCUCCGUGACGGGGCGUCCCAAUGCUGUAUUAUAUACAUAUGGAGACGUGUCCACUGGGAUCAUGUGUCCCACGGGCAGCAGCAGCUUGGGAAGGAGCUUCCUGGUGAACACGUCCGGCUCUUUGUGCUGCUAUUCUCAGCCACACUCCCUCAAGUGUUCACUCGUGUCCGGCUCCACCAUCCGCCUCUCGAAUAGACUCGAGGGGGACCCGUUUUUUAAUCUCCGUUGGUUUUUGCUAAUUUAUAAAUGGAUUUAUUCACACACCCUCUGAGUCCCACGAUUAGUUCUCCGACACAGAUUUGUCUGAAUGGUCUGAAGUGGGAGGAGUCUGGUGGAGUGAAUGCUCCCUCUUGUCUCCAGGGCUCAGCAGGUCUGGGCUCGGCUCCACACGGAUGAAAAAAUCAAAAUAAUGUUUAAUCCUGCUUCAGGUUCUUAACUCACAAAAAAAAGGAAAAAAAACAAACAACAAGAAAAAAAAGCUCAUGAAUAAACCCAAAGUGCGUUCCUCAGUGAGACGUAUGUUCUCACGCUUCACGUGACGUUUGUGUGAAUGUUGUUCAAAUGUCGUGGGUGAAAAUGCUUUAAAACGCUCGCGUGAGCCACAACUCGUGAUCAUUGGUUUGCUCCAGAUUGUUGUUAAUCUUCCUUCCAGGUUUUUCACACGGUGGGAAAAUGAAAGUCUACGUUUUAUUGGUAUUCUUUUCUUUUUUUACUGGCCGCACAUGGACGUUGUGUAACGUCCCUUCGGUUGGAGACGCAGUCCGACACGCUGAGUUCUUUCAGACCGUUGUGAUGUUCAACGUGACGACACUUCUCUCCACGAUUGUAUGACUUGACCCCAGGUUCAAGGGUCAGGCCGCUCCUGAUUGGUUGACUGGUUGUGAGCGAGAGAGGGGGUAAUGUUGCUGUGCCUCUGUUAGAGCUCCCCCUGCUGGUCAGAACGGUGAUCUUUAGCUUUUUAGACUCGAUACACUGGCAACUCCUUGACUUUAGUAAAACUCGACUGGACUCUUAUUGUUUGUGUCACUGUAGUUGGACACUCUCUGGUGACUUUCUCCUGCAUGUGUGUUAGAGAUGGUUAAAAAAGAAAAAGUUAAGACAAUCAGUGAUUUUCUUUUUUUUCUGUGAUAACCAACUUACAAGACACUACUUCUGAAUUACCCACACGAGGUCAACUCCGUCUGGGUCCAUGGAGGAUUCAACAAACACUAAAGGAAGGAAAUGAAACCAGAGCGAAGGACAGAAAUCUAAAACCUAGUGGAGUCAAUGUCAUCAGUUCACUCGUGUCCUCACGUAUCAAUAGAAACAUUAAAUCCUUGCUGCACACGAUUUGUAGCUACUUGAAAUGUUUACAUGUUAGAAGUCAUUAUAAAACUAUUGUUUUCAUAAUUGUUACUUCUGUCUUGAAGAUUGGAUGUUGAGGUAUUUUCACAUUUCACACUUGUCCACGCGGAUAUGCAACUUUUUCUUUUCACUGUCUGAUGUUUUCUUUUGUUAAGAAUCUUUUAUUACUUUCUUUUA